GGUUCUAAUCAAAACAACGCAUUUUCAAAACUCUUUACAAAUGCCGUUGGGUUAAACAGUGCGAUAUGUUUUUAUCUAAUGUAAAGGUUAUUCCUGCUCCGGUAAAUGUCUGUGUAUCUUUUAUAGUUCGCUUCAUACCGAUUGUUUAAACUGUAACGGUUUAAAUAUAAUUUGUUAACAUUAGUUGGUAGCUGCUACAGGUCGGAAUUGCUUUAUUAUUAAGUUUUGUUUUUCUUAACAGAAUAUUAUUAACGCUCAUAACAGUUACGUUGAUACUUUUACGCCUGUUGAGGCUAAAAGGCUAAACUGCAGCUUGAUGAUUAAUAUUUGUCCACCAUGAAAGGACAUUUGUUGUCCAGUGAACGUGUAAAUUACACACUGCUACAGACAGGAGACCUGUCCAUGAGAUGAGUGACAGGAGCGGAUCAUGUGCAAGGCCACAGUUCUAGCUGUGAUGAAGAUGGAGGGAAAGUUUAAGUCAAAAGGAUUUGGGGACAGUUUGAUGUCUACAAAUGGUUUUCUGUUGGACCCCUGGCACAGCACUCCUGUGAAAAAGCACACAGAUGAAGGCAGCAUGGCAAGAUGGACUGCGAAGAGCACCUCUAAUAACUCUGCCAGUCAGCAGUCAUCUCUCUCAGUUAUGCAGGGGUCUCGGAUUCAAAUAAGCGAUCUGGAGAUGACCACCAUCCAAAAGCAGCGGAUGGAGCUACAGCUCCUCGUAGCAGAGCUGAAGGAUCGUGAUCAGGAGCUCAACAGCAUGGCUGCAGCUCAUCACAGACAGCUGCAGGUCUGGGAGCAGGACCGCCAGAGAGUACUGACUCUGAAGCAGAGGUGUGCACGCCUUGACGAUGAGCUGCAGAAGCGCAACGAGGUGAUACGAGCCAUUAUCAAGCGCUUAAAGAUGGCAGAGGUGCGAGAACAGGACAGCCUCAGGGAGCUCAGCAGCAUCCAGCAGCGGAUACAGGAGCUCAGCCAGAGACAACAGCAUAGCAGACAACACCACCAAGAUAUGGAGGAGAAAAAUCGGAGUCUGAACUCGAGCAUCCUGACUCUCUCAUCCCAGCUUGGCCAGUUUCAGGUUCAUGAGGAAGAGCUUAGCUCCAUGCUCAAACUUAAGGACAAAGAUCUGACGGAAGCCACGAACCACAUAUUAGGUCUAACCGAUCGGCUACGGGAAUCUGAGUUCUCGCUAAAGGAGUGCCAGUCUCGCGAGAGCAAAAUGUCACAGGAAGCGGAAGAGUACAAGCGCCGUUUCAGAGAGGCCAAAUGUCAAAACGCUCAACUGAAAGAUGAGCUUCAAGAGAAGACUCUAGAGAACAACAGUCAGAAAGAGGAGCUCAUUCGGCUUAGACAAGAGAAUCAGCUGCUAAGGAAACAACUGGCACUCACAGAUGAGGGUGAAAGCUGGAAGGAUGAGCUACUUGCGCUCGCACGAUCAAAACAAGAGCGCACAGAGUCUGAGCUUCUCUGCCUGCGACAGGUGUGUGAGCACCAGCAGAACGACCUACAGCUCUUGAAGCUCAACCUAGAGUCCAGUAGAGAGGCUCUAAUGCAGUAUGAAAGUCAAAGGUCACUUGUAAGUGACGAGAGUGUAGCAGGGGCAAGUUGUGCUUUAGAACACUGUAACCAUCAGGAGACAGAGAUGGGAGCGUCGGUAGGAGAGUCCUAUAGCAACAGCUUAGUUGUAUCCAAACAAAGGGAGAAUCUCACAAUCGCCGCUACUAUAUCAGAAGAAUAUACACCUGUUCAGAACAUCUGCUGUGCUGUAGAGAAACAAGUGCAGAUCUGCAACACCCCAGUCAGUGGCAGUGAUGGGCCUUCAGCUGAGCUAGCUCCCACGUUACUCCACUGUUGCGAUUGUAGUAAUGUCCAAGCUUGCUGUAGCGCUGGAACCGAGUUGGACUUCAUAGCCGUCAUUGACUACAGCACAGAUACAGAGGAUCAAGUGCUGCUUGUGGAUAUUAAUCCAAACGACCCACAGUCCUCUUGUCCAGGGGAUGUGACUUGUGUGUAUGUGGACUGUUCUACACCAUUACCACAGAGGACAACGACGAACCCUGGACUUGUAGAGGACACAGCACUCAGCAAACAGCAGCAGGAGGCGUUCACCUCAUCCACGUGUCGCUUGCAGCGCUUACUGGCGGAGUCGCAGCAAAUGGUGGCCAGUCUGGAACUCUCUUCUGGAAAACCUCUAAGCUGUCCCCAGAGCACUCCAAAUCACAGCGCAAGUCCAGUCCUGAGUUCCACUUCACACAGUAACUCUUCAAACUGUAUCCUCAACGAUGGCCAUAACAAUACCGAGAGUCACGACCAGUUCCAGUCCCCCAAUAACAACCAAGACGAAACAAGGGAUGGCUCCCAAAUACACAGCAUCGGCAAUUCACAGGAAACCGUGGAAUAUGGUCAAUAGCUCUUUGAAUAGACGACUUUGGACUUUGAAAACAGACCAUCAUGGACAUCUUUAAUGGUUUCUUCCUGUGGACAUGGCCGUUCCUCCAUACUGCCAGUCCAUUUGAAUACAAAUAAAUAGUUUUAAGCAACCAAAGGCUGAUGGUUACAAAUAUUUUGACUACAGAAUUCUUAUUAUUCAGGAUGAUUUUAUGAUUUUUAUAUUCAUUUUUUUUUUUUUUUU